AUGACACCAAUAGUAAAAGAAAGUUUAAUAAAAAAAGGAGUUCCACUUGCUUCCUCCAUUCAAAAGCAAUUAAUCAAAAUCCAAGGCACUCUUACCUCUUCCAUCCAACUUAGAGGUGAAGAACCCCAAGAACCUUAUUAUUAUUCAUUUAUUAGGUUAAAAAGACAAAAGAUUGAUUUACCAGUAAUUUUUAAGACUAAAGAAAAUGACCAAUUAACUAAACCUAAUUUAAAAAAAUCCGAUGAAGUCGAAUUAACCGGUCAUUACUCUAAUUCUGAAAAAUCAGUCCGCAAAUCUUUUACCGCUACUUCUUAUCAACUCCUCUCUGAAAAAAGAAUCCGUAAAAAAUGUUCGGGUUGCCUAGACAUCUUUACUUGUUCCCCAGCAAAAAAUUACGACUACUGCUCUAAAUGUGAACUAAAUGGCAGUCGAUAUCUCAAUAAAGACAGUCCUUGUUCGGAAUGUGAUGGCUCUGGUCUAAUUAAAUUUAAAGGUCAACCUCUUCGCUGUUGUAAACUUUGCUACCUACCUAAACAAGAAAAACCAGCCCCAAAAUAUUUGGCUAAAUAA